UUUCAAUCGUCGGGUAACGCGAAUAAUUAUUCAAUAUCUUAGAAACAAUACAGUUAUAAACACCUAUUGUGUUGCAAUUUUAUAAGUCAUAGAAAGAUGACAACAUUCGGAAAAAAAAUGAAAAGUGAGGGAAUUGUUACAAAAGACAGUCAUAUAUGGAAAGAAGGCUUUAUGGAAAAAAAAACUGGAAUAAUUAAAAUGUGGAAAUCACGUUAUUUUGUACUUCUAGAUGAUGUCUUGUGUUAUUUUUUACGUGAAGAACAAAAGGAGUCAUUGCGUCCUACUGGGAGAAUAUUCUUUAGUGAUACAACUUAUAUUGAUAGAACUGAAAAAAAAUCUCAUCCAUAUGCUAUUCUUAUUCAAACACAAUCUAAAAAGCACUUAAUUAGUUGUGCUUCAUACCGUGAACGUGAAGAUUGGGUAAAUAAAAUAUGGGAAGCUAGAGAAAAACAUAAAAUGUUAGAACAUGAUGAUCCGAUUAGAAGAAAAAGCACUCGUCUCGGAAAAGAUUUCAAAAGAGUUACUAUUCAAAAAGAUCCACAACAUGGUAUUGGAUGUACAAUUAAAAAUGUAGGUGGAGCGAUAUUUGUGAGUAGAAUUAUACCUGAUGGACCUGUUGCAACAUCUGGAGUACUUAGACCAGGUGAUCAAAUUAUGGACAUAAAUGGAACUCAAGUUUCACAAUGCCCAAUUGAAAAAAUCAAAGAAAUAAUACGCAGUUCUCCAGAAUAUGUUGUGUGCACUGUAAAACCAGUAACUCACUAUACUAGUCAUGAUGAUAGUCCGAGGCAAGUACGACAACCCUACACAGAAGUUGAUCCAAAUUUGCUGCGAGAAACCGGUAGUACUCAGAACAAAACCUUUCAAGUUGGUUCUGCUGUUUCUGAAUCAGUUGAAGAACUUCGGGCAUUAUCUUCACCAUCGUCACCCUCAAUUGAUCAAAAACUUGACCAGCAUGAUAAGUUAGGUAAAAAACUGACUAAUUAUGCUCAACUGGAGUUCUCAACACAUUCUUGAUUUUUCAUGUAUAUAUAUAUAUUAAUAUAUACAUAUUAAUAUACAAAUUAAUGUAGAUAAUGUAGAGUUUUUGAUUUCUAAAAGUAUUUGAGUUUUACGCAUGACUGUUUAUACAUGCAUUCUACUGUACUUACUCAAAUUUUUCUAUGCUCUAUUGAGCAUACAUGCAUUUUAAUGUGUAUGCAUGCAUUUUAAUUUGUAUGCAUGUAUUUUGCAGAGCAUACACGUAUUAUGCUCGUAUGCGUUAUAAGUGCAUUUAAUAAUUAUUUCAAAAAUUUGAUUUUCAAUUUUGUUUUAAUUAAAAGUUGAAGCACCAUUUUUAUUUAUUUUGCAGUUGUUUUACUUUUUUUCUAGUUCCAUAUAUUUAUAUAUACAUAUUUUUUACUUCCGUUUUCAUAAUUAUUCAUUUAUGUUUUGUACGUAGAAUAUUUUUUAUAUGUUAAAACUUUAAAAUUGUAUUGUAGCAUGAUGAAAUUGUUUACUAAAAUUA